AGAGAUUGAACAAGAAGGAGUGAAAGUUGAGUGUGCAUUUUUUGGAAGCUACGUCCAAGAGCUACUCUCUGCUUUAUCUUCACGCGAUCUGAGCAGCGUUGUGGUUUUAAUCCAGUUUACAAAAAUCGAGCCUUUUAAAGGUCAACAAAGCCUGCAAAAUGCAUAUGUUGCAACACGAAUCCUCUUUAAUCCUGAGAUUCCUGAAGCUACUGCUGUGAGGGACAAGUUUUUCGAGAUGAAUGAACCUGGAUCUCAGAUGCUUACUCAGCUGUCCGACUCUUCAAAACCUUCACUCGAUGAAGAGUUCUUAAAACUCUCAGAUAUGAAAACUUUCGAGCAAAUUAGAGCCAUGGAUGAGAAGUCAUGCUGUGUUGUGUUAGGGACCAUCAUACAGAUACCUGAGGGGAAUAAUUGGUGGUACAAAGCUUGCAAGUGCAACAAAAAAGUUAUUUGGGAUGAGAAAAUAAUCCUGCUGGCUCUGGCUCUACAACUCCUGUUGAAUUACUUAAGUUGUUGGAAAAGACCUUUCUCUUUAGGAUUGAAGUUAACAACACUUCAAGCUACAGGUGUGAGUCAUCAUAUCGUGUCAACAAAACUUGUGGAGAUCCCGGCUCCAGGUUUGAGCCAUCAUAUCGUGUCAAGAAAAUAUGUGCAGAUCCCGACUUAAUUGCUCAUUUCAAGGAAGCUCUCCCUCCUAAUGAUGACACUCCUCCAUUACUAUUGCUAGAAACACCUACAUCUGAUGAGAGUGUUGAAAACGUGAGUCCCAGUUUGGCCAAGGAUCUUAAUGAAGAGUUUGUUGCUGCUGCGAGUGGCGAUGUUGUUGAUCCUAACAUAGAAAAAGAAGAAGUUCCCCAAUGCAAGCAGAGCACUCACUCGGAGAAUGAAGGAGUUGGUUCAACUAAUAACAAGAAGAAGCUGAUCAAGAAGAUUAAGAAGGAGAAAAAUUGACAAAUCAUAUUUUGGAUGUUAAUUUUAUGUAUUGAACUUUUCAUGUUCCUUUUU